CGGUGUCAGGCCCUGGCGUCCCCUUCGCCCAUCUCCUUCGGUCCUGGCUGCUCUCCCCAUCCAGAAUCUCACACCCAGGCUUCGCGGCAUCCCAGACAGCAGACAACUUUACUGAGCCGGUUCGGAGCCUCAGCUCCAGUCCCUUCUCCCGGAAGUUAUUAAACCCGAGGCGGAACCGGAAGCCCCUUCAAGUGUUGGUGCCACGUCCGUCGCUGUGUUACCGAGUCCCGGAGUGGGACCCUGGAGGGCACGAUGGCUGAUUGGACUCGCGCUCAGAGUUCUGGUGCUGUGGAGGAGAUUCUAGACCGAGAGAACAAGCGGAUGGCCGACAGCCUGGCUUCCAAGGUUACCAGGCUCAAAUCGCUGGCCUUGGACAUCGACAGGGACACCGAAGACCAGAACCGAUACCUAGACGGCAUGGACUCAGAUUUCACGAGUGUGACUGGCCUGCUCACGGGGAGUGUGAAGCGCUUUUCCACAAUGGCAAGGUCUGGGCGAGACAACCGGAAGCUUCUCUGCGGUAUGGCUGUGGUCUUAAUCGUGGCCUUCUUCAUCCUCUCCUACCUCUUGUCAAGGACAAGGACGUGAACCAAUGGAAGCCAAGGGCAGCCAGGCUCUCCUACCCUGGUGUCCUGGUGUCCUGAAAACCUGACUACGAAAUAGAUUCCCUUGAAAGUAUCAUCAUGGGUCAUUCAUCUUCCUAAGACGGGACGACUGCAGCUGCCUCUGUCAUAAUGAGCUCAUGCUGGCUUGUUCUGUGUAUGAAGGAGGAAGAAAAAAGGCAAAACCCAACCCUUCUCCCUGGUGCUGGAGUCACUGUUAGAGCCAAAGCCACACUGUCUAAGAAUGAGCCAGGUCUGAACAAAGCAUCUAUGAGUCCUGAAUGUGCCCACUGUGAUCAACAGCCUCAGAAGCCAAUAUCUAAGGGUCUUCUGUCUAUGCCUGGUUAAGACCGUGUCUGUGUUCUUGAAGCGUCUGGAGCUGACAUCGAAAGGGGAUAUGUCCGUGAGCCCUCUUCAGAUGAAUGUUCGUCAGGAUGAAUAUGGCAGAAACUCCAGGCUGAGGCUGCUGAUCCGGAACAGACCUGUGCAGGCCAAGAGUUGAAGCCAUCCCCAUGAGCCGUCAGCUGAAGGCAGACCCCAGGGAAGAGGCAAAGGUGUGGUUAGAGGAGUGAACUACGGCCCUUGUUAUUGGCCGUGGACCUUCUGGGCCAUAAGACCGUCUGUCUAGGAGCAGAGAUGUGUGUCCUUGGGAUUGAGAAUCUUCUCAGUGCCAAAGAUGUCACCAUCCCCAGGCAAACAGACUGAGAAAUAGCAUAGUGUGGACUUUCUAAGUCCGGCAGUGCUGAAUGGCCUUUCUGCCGGCAUCCUUAUGAAGCUGAAGGCCACCUAUGGGAGAAUUUGUAGCAGGAACCUCUGACCUUGUACCGAACCUGUGCCCUACCCUGUUCAGCCUGUCUCCCUUGGUGUAGGGGGAAGCUUGAGCCACCUCCUUGUUGCCUAACUCCACAGACUUGCACCUCCCUGCUCUCCCAGUCCUCCCUUCCUCCUUGGUCAGUCCCAUUUGCACACAGCCUGACCUGUGGAGCUGGCAGGGCCAAUGGUUUAUGAGAGCCCAGCACUUUCUGUCUUCACAUAAAAUGCCUUUAAGAAAUGAACCAUGAA